CUCACGGUCACCCACCGUCUCUCUCUCAACUCUUCUACACAAAGCCUCUGUCUCAGCCUCUCUUUUCUUCAACGCUUCGCCCCUCUCUCUGGGUCUCAAAUUUUCAGCGGACGAAUUUCAACCCAUCCGGUCUUAGCUCAAACUAACGGAGCGGGAACGCAAUCCAUCUGCUAUUUCUUUCUUCUUCUUGUCUUCGUCGACCUGGUAGUGUUAUUUGGAAGGGCAAGGUAACGACUGUUGAAUGAGCUAUGGCGUCUUCGAGUAAAUCACUGAAAGAGUAUUUGAAACGAUAUGAAGGGAUUAAUGAAGAAGAGAAGAAGAAAAAGAAGAAGAAGAAGCAGAAAAGCAAGGCAGAAGCAAUGGGGGUUUUAGUGGUGGAUGAAGACCCUGCGUGGCAGAAACCGGUGAAUCUUGAGGAAGAUAAUGACAACAAUUCAACAGAUGAAGACAAACCUUUUGUUGAUGAGGACAUUGAGAUUAAGAGGAUGAGGAGACUUGAAGCAUUGAGGGCCAAGCGUCCAUUUAAUGCCAUAUCUGAAGAUGGAAGUGGUUGGGUUCCAGUUGGACAAUCAUCACCUCCUAAGAUUUCAAGUUCCGAUAUAUCUCCACCUCGUAGACACGGGAUUAAUUCGGAACCUGGAUCAGUGUCUCCGGGAGAUAGGGGAGAAGAUGUUGACUUGUCACCUCCACGGCAGAGACGGAAGCGCCACCACACUCCGACCCCUGAACCGGCAACAAAUCAAGAUCAGUUGCCUACAGACCUUUCACCCACAAGGAAAAGUAGGAAUGUUGAUUCAGAUCUUUCUCCACCAAGGAAGAGUAGGAAGGAUGUCGAUAGAGAUCUUUCUCCACCAAGGAAGAGUAGGAAGGAUGUUGAUCUUUCUCCACCAAGGAAAAAGAAGCAAGUUCCUCCGGAUUCUUUGAAAGAGCAACCGAAAGUUGGUUUGAUCUCUGGCCGAGAAAUGAGGGACGAGAUCACUAGAACUAAGAAGGAUGAGCGGUUAAGAUUUCAACAGAUGGAUCCUUCUAUAAGUGGGAGGGAGGCAGUGCCUAUAUACCGUGAUAAGAAAACAGGGGAACGCAUUUCAAAGGAAGAGCUUUUGAAAUCACAAAGGAAAGUAGAAGAAAAACCUAAGGAGAUAAAGUUGGAAUGGGGUAAAGGCUUGGCCCAAAAGCGGGAAGCUGAAACUAAGCUGGAGGAGUUAGAACUUGAGAAGGAGAAACCAUUUGCACGGACUAGAGAUGAUCCAGACCUCGACAAAAUGUUGAAGGAGAGAGUAAGAUGGGGCGAUCCUAUGGCACAUUUGGUAAAGAAGAAGUAUCCCGAGCCAGUUCUUCCUGACUUGGGGGAUAGUGAGAAAAUGAAGGAAUCUGGAUUUAUUAUUCCUCAGGAGAUUCCUAAUCAUAGCUGGUUAAAAAGAGGACUAGAUGCUGCACCAAAUCGAUAUGGUAUAAGACCAGGAAGACAUUGGGAUGGAAUUGAUCGCAGUAAUGGAUUUGAGAAGGGAAUGUUUAAAAGGAAGAAUGAUAAACAAGCUACGGAGGCGGAAGCUUAUCUCUGGUCUGUGGCAGAUAUGUGAAUUGUGCUGAGUAAGGAACCCGUGUACUUGUAUCUCUAUGGAAAGAGGCAUAUGGAGUAUUUGCUUUUAUACUAAUUGUUGAUGAAUAUAAUACAAGUCUUGAGUUUCCUAUUGCUUUUUAGCCACUGUAAGCAAUUUUAUGUGUAUGUUUUUCGCUUUCUUGCUAGUCGUUACAUUGUUGGAAUAAUGGAAGCCCUAUUUGGUUUACUUUAGAUUGAAUGUUGGGCCUUCCAAAUAAAUGGGCUUAAAAUUCUUAAAGAA